AUGAUAUCACGUUUAAUCCUCGCUGUUGCCGGCGCAAUCGCUUUGAGUAGCGGUCUUGCCAGCGCCCAUGGCUCACAUUCAAACGAUGGGCAACCCCCCUCCAACGACUGGGCCACGAGACACAUGAUGGAGGAGCACCAUAUUGAAGGCUUCGAUGCGCUCUCUUUCUUCACGCUGCACGACUACGACGCCUCCGGCGCAUGGACUCCGGAAGAAGUACGCAAAACAUACGGUCUCGACGAUGAAUCCAACAGGGGCGCAAGCGAGUCUAGCAAGGAGUCCGCCAUUCGCGCGGUGUUCGACCUUUUCGACCCAACGAACACAGGCACUAUCAGCCGCGACGCCUGGUUGAAGACUAUUGCCUCUGGGACACGGUUGCCCGACCUCGGCUUCGGGCCUGGCCACCAUGGUGACCUUGAGUAUGAAUACGAGAUUCACCACUUCGAGAAAUUCCACGGCGAUGAUGCUACUGAGGAGGAAUUGAACCACCCCGAGGAUAUUGAACAUUUCCGUCUCCACGACGAGAUGGAGGCAGCUCAGUUGCGACUUGAGAAGCUGGAGGAUACGCAGGUUGUUGAAGCCAACAUCCCUUCCAAAUUCCGCCGUGCCGUUUAG